AUGGGCCUCACUGCAGAGGCAAUCGCCCCAUCGGAGGGCCACUUUAGACACCACUACUCGCUGAGCGACGAGAUUGGCAAGGGUGCGUACGCCGUCGUUUUCCGCUGCACCCACCGAGAGACGAAAGCCGUGUACGCGGUGAAGAUCGUGAACAAGAGAAAGGCGGGGCCGAAGGAUAUCGAUGACAUCACGCAUGAGAUCGACGUGAUGGGCCGCAUUGGCUACCACCCAAACGUGGUGCAGAUGAUUGAGUACUUCUCCACGGAGCGGCAUUUCUACAUCAUCCUCGAUCUCUUGUCGGGUGGCAUGCUGUUUGACCGCAUCAUCGAGCUGAAGCACUACAGCGAGUCCAACGCCUCAGUGCUGGUCCGCAACGUGCUCUCCGGACUGGCGCACAUUCACUCGAAAGGCGUCAUACACCGUGACUUAAAGCCAGAGAACCUGCUGCUGCGCUACGCGGCCUCUCCGUUGACGUCGCCAAACUCGAACUUGACGGACGUAUGCCUCGCAGACUUUGGGUUGGCCGGGUACGUGCCGAGCACCACCUGCUGCGGGUCCCCCUCGUACAUCGCGCCAGAAGUGAUCAGCGUGGGCUACUACCGAACCCGCAAGGAGCCGUACGACGCCAAGUGCGAUAUCUGGUCCAUCGGCGUCAUCACGUACAUCUUGCUGAGUGGCAAGAUGCCAUUCCACGGCAACAGCUUCAAGGAAACAUUUGAGCUCGUCGUCAGCAACCGCUGGUCCUUCAGCAGGGAUGUGUGGGCGAGCGUCACCCCAGCAGCGAAGGACUUCAUUCAGGCCUGUCUUACCUACGACCCGGUGGAGCGUCCGACGGCGCAGGAGCUGCUGCAACAUCUGUGGCUCGCCAACGAGCAGCCUCACGUGCACCUCGGGCGCAGCCUUGAGUCACUGCGCGAUCUCACAAAGAAGAAGGUGAAGGCGGCAGUGCGGGUAUUCUGCUGGACGCAGAGCCUCCUCGGCCCGCUGGACUGGACGCCGCCGUUCAUGCGUUUCCUGCGGCACACCGACAGGUUCUCCACGGUCCUUACACACCAGUCGCAGACAGACCCGCAGCGGGUGCACACCGUGGACUUUAGCAAGGCGCUGGAUCACGAGAAGCCCGGCUGGCGCAUUCAGGACUGCUGCACGUGCCCUUCGGAGCAGGUCUGUCGCCACAUCCAGAACGUACACGAGUACCUCUUUGUCGGCAAGCGCUCCAUGGAGGUGUACCCGUUCAUCGACGAGCUCCGGAUGAUGCACGAGGAGGCCGAGGAUAGCCUCACGGCGGACCCGCACGACGCCGAGGCGAGGAAGCGGCUAGACAGGGUCAACUACCUCAUUGAGGCCGCCUGUGUCUUCUCGGACGAGUUGGCAAAGGUGCCGGCGGGGGAGCUCAAGCCGAACCUCAUGCUGGACGGCUCGCGCAACACUCUCUUUCGUGCCCUGGGCGGCUCUCGCAGUGUGAUGAAGACGUGGCAUGAGGCGGAUAAGGAGGAUGUGGCGCACCGGGUGGUGGAGAAGAUGCGCGCCAAGAAGGUGGCCUCGCCAGCGACAGGCAAGACGGCCAAGGCAGUUGCCACACCGCCGUCCUCGACGUCCAACCGAAAGGCGUCCAGCAAACCAUCAUCAAAGAACUAA